AUGUUCUUGCCUUCAUUUCUCAUUUCCCCCCGAAAACUUGCCACUAAACCACUUUCCUACAGCCAAAUGCAAUCUGAUCGCUCGCAACAACGAGACAGGCAGAUUGUCAACCCAUUAACUUUAAGACCACCGGUCAACACUCGUAUCUCCUCUGCUGGCACAGAUUCCUCAACUGGUAUAUUGCAUUUCAACCCUGGCUUUGCACUAGAUUCCGAAUCGGCGAUUGAGGCAGACGCUUCUACUAUUGGAGAUGACAGUGAUUCAACUGCUUUUCACAGUGGUUCAAAUGCACCUAUAGACUCAACGAAUAGAUCUGCGUUGGCCAAAUCCGAAAGAUGGUCGCAAAAAAUCAUUAAUUCAAGCUUGUCCGAUAGAGGGGUUCAUUCUGUUGACAGUGAUGCUUCGUCUUCGCCCACGUUUGAAAAAGCCGUCAUCUCUGGAUAUCAAGCACAGUCUACAGCAGAUUCACGAAAACCUGUCGCUACUGACAUCCCUACACCAUCCUCUGGCUAUCAAGCGGAUACUGAAGUUUUAGAAAAUGAAGAAUGGACAUCUAAUGUAGCCUCACAACAACAGCAUCAUCAUCAUCAUCACCAUCAUCACCACAAUCAAGCACAAAAUCAGUAUUCAUCUUCUAUGGAUUAUUAA